AUGGGCGUGUUGGUCGCGUGCUGUGCCGCGGUGGGCUACGCGCUGGCUGGCCUGCUGGCCUUCUGCGCCUGGCUCUGGCUGAACCGCCCGCGCACCGACAUCCCGGGUCCGCAUCCGCUGCCGCUGCUCGGCAACGUCCUGUACUUUCGGAAGUUGCCAGUGCUGCUGGAGCACUUCCGAGAACUGCACCGCCGCUAUGGAGACGUAUUCAGGUUCUAUGCCGGUCCCAAACUUAUUGUUGUGGUGACAAGGCCAGAAGAUGCCAAGAGGCUCCUGGUAGGAGUCAAGAUGCGUGGCAGGGACGCUUACGCAGUUACUCCUCUGCUCCCGUUCACAGGAAACGGACUUAUCACCAGUAAAGGAAACAUCUGGAAGGAACACCGCAGACUCAUUGAGCCAACGUUCCACUCUGAGUUGAUGAAAGACUUCAUGCAACAAUUCAACGAGGGUGCAGAGUUCGUGUGCAAAAAUCUGGCGGCAGCGGCAGGCACUGAAUACGAUAUCACCAGAAUGCUCAUCCAUGCUACACUGGCUGUAGUUACCGCUUCCAUUUUCGGCAAAAAGAUGGAUGAAAUCGAGCCUGAUGUGAACAAGCAAGCUGAGGUUGCUGAUGUCUUUAUCGAAGCCUUAAAGCUAAUGCAGAAGAGGAUCUACCAACCAUGGCUCCAUAAUGAGUGGAUCCUUUCAAUGCUGCCCGAUGGAAAGGAACUCAGACGGCAGACGAGUAUUGUCAACUGCACAGUACAGAAAGCAAUUGACUCCCUGAAGAAGAGAAAUAUUGCACACGGUAGAGCGAGAAAGAGUUUCUUAGAUGUUAUGACAGAUUCAGAAGGAAAUUUUCUCUUACCUGAAAAGGAAGUCAGUGACGAGGCGCGCUCCUUAGCCAUUGCGGGCACUGAGACAGCAGCAACCACACUGGGGAACGCACUCGUCCUGCUGGGUCUGCACCCCGAGUGGCAGGAGGCUGUGUGGAAGGAGGUGGACGAUGUCUUCAGGCGGGGAGGUGCCUAUCUGAGGACGAGCACCGAGAACGAUCUUUCCAAGUUCAGAAUAAUGGAUGCCGUUCUUAAGGAGACGCUGCGUCUGUAUCCUGCAAUUCCAAAUCCGCCGGUGAGCACCGAGGAAGACAUCCAGCUGGAAGGCACUGGGUACGUGAUUCCACGUGACAGCCUCGUGCUCGUGUCCCUCAUCCUGCUACACCGCCGGCCGGACAACUUCCCCGAUCCUGACAAGUUCGAUCCGGGCCGCUUCCUCGAAGGGGGCAGCGCUCGCUCGCUACCACCCGGAAGCUACCUACCGUUCGGCGCCGGCUCCCGCAAGUGCGUUGGCGGCCGCUAUGCCUUCCUGGAAAUGAAGACUGUGCUCGCGGCUGUCCUCCGUCGGUUCCGGAUAUUUCCUGGUUCCAGCAGGGAGGAGCUGGAACAAGUGGAGCUCUCCGUAAGUGGGUCGCCAGUCACUGGAUUCCGUAUCAUCUGCAUCCCGCGGAGCGACCAACCACCGAAUUCUGUUCCACACGUUCCACACGCAGUAAAUACAUGACAUUGUGUCAUACAGAAUGCUGUGUACAGUAAUAAUAAUUACAAGUGAUAUCUGGCUUUCUCGGCAUAAUCUAAUAAUGAAAUCUUCUCAGGUGAUCAUCCUAGAGGUGGAGUCGUCUUAUCGCAACGUUUCGCUGAGUUUCGUAACCAUCGUCUUUGCUUGUAGAUGAUAGGUACGAAACACAUCUAAAAGUUGUGAGAAGGCCAUGCCACCGCUCAACUGAUCACCGUAGAAGAUUUCACAAUAACAAUGGUUAUGAUGUGGGGAUAUGAGCUAAUUCUGUCACACUGAUUUAUGGAAUCCGAUUUAAAGUAGUUGGCAUCUGACAGCUUGUGGACUGGACUGUUACCGCCAGUAAUAUACCGAUAGAGUAAUAUACCGAUAGGACGCUGGCACGGUAGGCUCAUACUAUGUUGUCACUUCAAAUGCCCAAAGAGUUGUGCCUUCCAGUACUGAAGUAGGAAACUUUUUGGGAAACGAAAGUAACACCAAAUUUUUUUUAAAAUAUAGCUCCGACCAUAAGAAACUUAAGAACAGAUUUCGAAAUGUCUAGAGGCACUAUAAGGAUGUAUACCAUAUGCGACUUUUUAAGUAAUUUUUGUAAGACAUCGAGGCUUAGGCUUCCUACCUAGUAGGAGUUGACAAAAGAGCGAAAAGAAAUACUGUUUUACGAACGCUAUAAAUAGCAAAUGGGAAAACACUACCCAACUUCUUAAAAUCUGUUGGUGAACGAGGUAGUUUGGUAAUCAAUGAAAACAACUAAAUCAGUGAGUUCAGUAGUUUUACAUGUACGUCCUGGUAAGUUUCAUAUUGUCUCCCGGACAGUAAAAUUUCAUCCGUUUCGAAAAAAGUAUUUAUCUCUGCUCCUAAUUACACUAAAGAAAAAAUUAUGACAUGGUUAGACGCACUGUGGAGACCCAUCUGUGAAUUUUAAAAAUUUUGAAGCGAUUUUUGUAGUAUAUUUUAAAGUAGUUUUCGAUCAGUGCAAAGAGCGGAGAACUCUGAUGACAGUUGGCAGAUAGUACUACUCGCGAUAACGCUCUAACUUCCUGCCGCCAGCUUCAUAUGCUAACUAAUUAAAAUAAGACUUUUGUAUCUACUGUACCUUUAAAUCGUUUCGAAAAUGUUUAGUUAUUUUACUUAAGUUCAUACUUGAUUCAUUAGUCAUUCUUCUUCGAACAUUGUACACAGCAUAUACGUCUGUAAUGACAUUCAGGGCACAUAUAAUAUGUCUUGUUAAGAAAAAUUCCUAUACAUAGGUCACUUUCAGGAACUUGCUUCAUAAAUAUUGCGGGAAUUGAAAGUAUUAUUGAUGUACGGUUUUCAUAGAAUGGAUUGGUAGUUAGAGGCUCUUAUUUUUAGGCAGUCAACAGAUUGUAAUAGUACUUAGAAAAACUAUUUAUAUGCAAACAUACAUUUUGUUCAGACGGAACAACGCCUAUUAACGUAAACAAACUAAAAGUAGGGCAAAUAAGACUGUAGGAGGUGUCUGUUGCAGGAUCGUUUGCGAGAUGUAGUAUUUGGAAGGUUCCCACAUUGACUCUGGUGCAAUAGCUGUGGUAGCACACACUAAAAUUCGGAUCAGUAACGAGACAAUUGAUAAUGACAAAUGAGCACCGGCAGUGUCAACACACGAUUCCCCUUUAGUAUGGAACGACUGCUGCACAAGAAUUUCAGCAGAGAUGUCGGAGCAGGUUGCAGUAAUACGUCGUUACAUAUCAUCGGGUGUGGUUGGUACAUUCUUAUAGAUUGCAACUUUCAGUUUUCUUCACAGAUCCCGAGAUCGGGCUGGCUAAGGCACUAGUUCUCUGCGUCUAAUACAACGAUUUGGCUCAAAUGGUUCAAAUGACUCUGAGCACUAUGGGACUCAACUGCUGUGGUCAUCAUUCCCCUAGAACUUAGAACUACUUAAACCUAACCAACCUAAGGACAUCACACACAUCCAUGCCCCAGGCAGGAUUCGAACCUGCGACCGUAGCAGUCGCACGGUUCAGGACUGCGCGCCUAGAACCCCGAGACCACCGCGGCCGGCACAACGAUUUGGAAGCAAUUCGUGAAGACAUGCUAUAGUACCACGUGCACUAAUGGAUGGGCAGCCAUAAUGUUGGUACCGGAAGUAGCUCCUAGUCCACAAGGGAACAUGUUCUAGUAUCCGAGGCCGUGCUGGGUAGCCGAUCGGUCCAGGGCGUCUUGUCACGUUCCGCGCUGCUUCCCCCGUCGGAGGUUUCAAUCCUUCCUCGGGCAUGGGUGUGUGUGUGCCGUCAUUAGCGUAAGCUAGUUAGAGGUAAAUUAAGUAGUGUGUAAGCUUAGGGACCGAUGACCUCAGCCGUUUGGUCCCAUAAGACCUUACCACAAAUGUCCAUUUUCUAGCAUCUAUGGAAGACGGCCUGUUAGGAGGCUGCGAUAGUUGUGCGCUUUCUGUGCUCCGUCCAUGAAAAAUGGACAUAUUAGCUAAUGGGCCACUAUUCCACAACACGCGUUUACACACUACGGGCACUGAUGUAACAUCUGACGAAGGCAAUGGGUAUUGUCAACAGACCAAUAAUGUAUGUUUCGGCCGUUUACAUGGCCAUGAUUGGAAAAUGUGGCUUCAUCACUAAACAAGAUAUGUAGCACAUUUGGAGUAUUCUCUCUUAAUGCCCAUGUACGGAAGUUAACACGAUUAUCAUAACUGUUCCCAUGCAGUUUUUAAUCAACUGCAGCAGCAGCAAUAACAUUCAUUUCUCCUUCUUCUGUUGUCACUUGUUUCCUUCUAUUACGUCGUCUAGGUGUUACACUGCCACUUUCACAUAACUGGUCGAAGAAGUUGCUAAAUAAUUCCGAGAUGGGUGACUUCUAGUGGAAUAUCUUGCCACCUACAACUUACAAGAACGAACUGCAUUCUUCUUACGCUCUCCGUGCGCUAUAAACACGUCGAGUUUUUUUGCGUUGGUAAAUCCCAACGUCCACUCACGACUUCUACUUGGACUAUCACACACUAACUGAUUAGCAAGUUGCAAUGCACAAGUACACUGUAAGCAAAUAUAACAACAUCCUACCUACGAACUACACAGGUGGCUAGCGAAGCUGAGUGUUGAUGUGGAAGCGAUUGGCACUAGAAUUCUUCAACAAACACCGCUGAUAUUCUCAUUUUUUCCCUACUUUUAGUUUAUCAACGUCAAAGGGGGUUGUUCAAUUUAGAAAAGUGUAUGUCUGCACAAAAAUAGACUUUCUACGUGUUAUUACAAUAUCUUGAUUUUGUGACAGUAAAAGCCCCUUACUCCCAAACCAUUAUCUGAAAUAUGUACGUCAGUAGGACUUCCAUUUCCGCAAUAUUUACGGUGCUAGUUUUAGGUGAUUCUCUCUUCAUUUUCUUCAGUUAAUAAAUUACAAAUGUCACUCCCUGAAGACGGUAAAGUGAAUGAGAAAACUAUACAGUACUUAAUGAUACUUUUAUUGAAAAUAAA